AGAGAGCCGGAAGCGGAAGUAGAAAAAGGCCGGACUGCGGAGCCCUUGAGAGAGAGCAGCUGCAGCAACAGCAACUCGAGAGCCGCUCUUAUUAUUGUCGCCACCAUGCCGAGGGGAAGCAGGAGCAGAACGUCCCGGAUGGCGCCCCCUGCCAGCCGUGCGCCUCCUAUGAGGUCUGCUCCACCACCAGCUUCUCAUGCCUCUGUUCCAGCCCCUGCCCCUGCCUCUGCAGUGGCUUCUCCUGCCCCCAGGCAGCCUGGCCUAAUGGCCCAGAUGGCCACCACUGCUGCUGGCGUGGCCGUGGGCUCUGCUGUGGGGCACACUCUUGGACACGCCAUGACCGGAGGGUUUGGAGGUGGAAGCUCUGAAGCAGCAAGGCCCGACAUCACUUACCAGGAGCCUCAGACAGCCCAGCCUGCGAUGCAGCAGUCGCAGUUCACGCCUUGCCAGUACGAGAUGAAGCAGUUCCUGGAGUGCGCCCAGAACCAGGCCGACUUGAAGCUGUGCGAGGGGUUUAGCGAGGUGCUGAAGCAAUGCCGGUUUGCAAAUGGUUUAGCCUAAAGAGCUCUGCGAGAUGAAUCUCAUCCCCCUCGUUGAAUGACAUAUCGCUAGUGAAACUCUUUCUUCUUUUAACAUCUUAAAAGCUGCUUGGCAUUCCUUCAUGUGUGGCCACUUGUCCGUCUCCCGAGGAAGGAAAUCUGGAGUGCUUUUUACAGCUGGAAGGAUGCUUGUAGCAAGAGAGUGUGGGGCAUCUGUUGCGUGGGGAGAGAUAAGACACACAGAAUGCUAGGAUUGUGAUCGUCCCCUGCUUGCAUUUAUCAAUAUGCGCCUCUGAAUAAAAGUCAAUUUCUCUCUAGAAAA